AUGGGUAUCAAAGGUCAAGGGCGUCCGCCACCCAACUCGGGAAUGGAGGUGAAGACGGCCAACAAGCUGCGCCGGAAGAUGUUGCACAUCAAGCGCAAGAGAACAAAGGACGCCGAACGCCGUGCUGAGCGCUAUGCAUUCAAGAAGGAAGAGGCCAAGAACCCCAAGUUGAAAGAGGAGCGCCUGCGUCGCAACAUUCCCCUGACUCUCGAACGGAAGCGUGUCUGGGACGACGCUGGGAGCGAUGCUGAGGAGGAUGGCCUGGGAUUGAGUGUCGAUAUUGAACGAAUCAAGCGGGCGAAACAGGAAGAGGAAGCGGAACUGAAUCGACCUUUGGAGGAGGGCGAGGAUGACAGUGACGAGGUGGACUCUGACAACGAAUCGAUCGACAGCAUGAUUGCUACAAGCGACGAAGAUGAGGACAGCGAGGACGAGGAGAAAGAAGCCAGCAAUGAAAAGGCGGAUCGCGGACGCAACAAGUCGUCGUUGCCCACUGCUACUGAACGAGCCACCAGCCCAUCGCAAUCCACACGCAGUACCAACUUGAGCCUUGCCCCCGAAGCCUUGGCUGCGAAAUUCCCCUCACUUUUCUCCAACGAAACUCCUCCUGCUCCCAAGAUCUUGAUCACAACCGCGAUCAAUUCGACUCUCCACAACGAAGCGGAAAUCUUGACCGACUUGUUCCCGAACAGUGUCUACAUUCGUCGCACCGCGCACCGAUACUCGCACAAGUUCUCGAUCCGGGAAAUUUCCAAGUUCGCAGCCAACCGUAACUUCACCUCCGUGGUGGUUCUCCAAGAAGAUCAGAAGAAGCCAAGCGGAUUGAUCGUCGUGCACCUGCCCGUCGGGCCAACUUUCCAUUUCAGUAUCAGCAACUGGGUCGAGGGUAAGCGAUUGCCCGGUCAUGGCCGUGCGACAGGUCAUUGGCCCGAGUUGAUCUUGAACAACUUCCGCACGCCACUGGGUCUGCUCACGGCACGCAUGUUCCAGCAAUGCUUCCCGCCACUGCCCGACUUUGAGGGCCGCCAAGUCGUGACUCUGCACAACCAACGUGACUAUAUCUUCGUCCGCCGCCAUCGGUACGUGUUCCGCGAGAAGCGUGAGACGGAGAAAGCGGUCGUUGGCGCAGAUGGACAGGAGAUGAAGGGUGCCGAGGGUAUUCGAACUGGCUUGCAGGAACUUGGCCCGCGUUUCACAUUGAAAUUGCGUCGGGUGGACAAGGGUAUCCAGCGGACCAGCGGGCAGGAAUGGGAGUGGAAGGGCGGUAUGGAAAAGGAGCGAACAAAGUUCCAGCUAUAA